CUAAAACGAAUAAAGGGACAUAGGAAACGAUUUAAAAAUGGUGGAUAUUUUUACUAACAUAAACUGAAGCCGAUAAUCGAUAAAAAUACCAGCCUUUUUACGUGUUUCUCCUUGUAAGGUAUAGGAGCAAUGAGAUCCCUUGCUCCAAUUGCAGAUGCACAAAGUUUUAUGAAGUUAGCAGGCCAAGGAUUUCCGCCCUUACCUCCACCAAUAUCGCUGCCUGGAAUGAAUGAUUCUCCUUUAGAAUUUAGUACAAAUAAGAAUCAACCACCUGUAGUUAGAGAAACUUCUGAAGAUAAUAGCGAUAAAAGAAAUGAAAAAAGUGACAUUCGACGGAAAAGAGAAAACAGAGAUAAUAGGGAUAAUCGUGACAACAAAAGAUCUAAAAGUGAUCGGAGUGAUCGAAGAGAGCGAGAUAGAGAAAGAAGAGAAGAAAGAAAUGAAAGAGAUCGAAGAGAAGAUCGAAGACCAGAAGAUAGAAACAGUAUAAAUUCCACCAAUAGCAAUAAUGGUCACAGUAAUAAUUCAAAUAAUAAUGAAGUUCCAUCAUCAUCAAAUACCGGUAAUACUCCAAAUUUGGGAACACAAAUGGAACAAGCAACUGGAGUUUGGGGAAUGGGAGUAGGGUAUCCAGUGAUGGGAAUGGGUCCAAUAGUGCCAAUGGGUCCCAUGAUGAGUGAAAUGACUCUUAGUCAUCAUAUGGGACAUACUCAUAGUUAUGGACCCAUGAGUAUGGGAAUGAUGUCACAUGACGGUAGUAUGAUAAGUGCACAAAUAUUAGGACCGGAACAAAUAAUGAACGAUGCUGCUCAAAUUAUGAGUGGUGCUUUACCACCUCCACCAACAACAUCGCAAGGUACCAAAGAAAUUAUACAUUGUAAAAGUUGCACACUGUUCCCACCAAAUCCAAAUGCUCCACCUCCAACAACCAGAGAAAGGCCUCCAGGAUGCAGAACAAUUUUUGUUGGAGGUUUGCCAGAAAAUAUCACAGAAACGAUAAUUCAAGAAAUAUUCGAACGAUGUGGAGAGAUAACUACCUUACGACUUUCUAAAAAAAACUUUUGUCAUAUACGUUUUGUACUAGAGACUAGUGUUGAUUCAGCAAUUUAUUUAUCUGGAUAUAGAGUUAGAAUAGGAUCUAGUGGUGAUCCUGCAAAUACAGGAAGGCUUCAUGUAGAUUUUGCACAGGCCAGAGAUGAUCAGUACGAAUGGGAGUGUAGACAACGUCAACUACAGAGAGAACAACGUCACAGAGAAAGAGUUGAAAAGGAAAGACAAAGGGCACCAUCCAGUCCUCCUCCAGUAGUACAUUAUACAGAUCAUGAAGCAUCAAAUAUUUGUGAGAAAAUCAAACAAGAUGAUACAUUUAUGAAAGCAGUGCAAAAAAGACGUUUUGUCAUGUUACAAAACAAGCGCAUUAAAUCAUUCCAGGUUGUCGUAACAUGGCUCGAGCGUGGGGACUGUACCAAACGCAACGCUAACACUUUUUAUUCGAUGAUUCAGUCAACAAAUUCUCAUGUUCGAAGAUUACUCACUGAGAAAGUUGCGUACGAAGAGGAACUUCAAAAGGCAAAGGAGUUAAUGAAGGGGAGAAUGCAAGGACUCUUAAUACAAUUCAGUCAGAUUGAACGCGUCUUUACUGCGGCCAGCCACAAGAAGGUCUGGGAUCACUUCACAAAGGCUCAACGGAAGAACAUCGAAAUGUGGAAGAAACAAUCCUCGGAAAUUAAAGCAGUACAACUGGAAGAAUCUUUAAUGGAAGGUGAAGGUGAAAUGGAAGUUUCCGAUUCGGAAGAAGAACCGCAACGCAAAAAAACGCGCAAUCAAUCGGAUACACACGAUGAUAUUGAAAGAUUGCAAACAUUGAAGGAGGAGAAUGAUAGUCUUCGAUGUCAGUUAGAAGCAUAUAAGAACGAAGUGGAUUUGCUAAAAUCCGAGACAAAAAGUGAAAUAGACGCAAAGGAUAAACAAAUGAAGAUGUUGCAACAAACUUUGAAAGGCAUGCAGGAACAAUUGAUGCAAUCGCGGAAACAGCAAGCGCAAGAUGAUCAGAAAAUUAAAGAUUUGACUGUGAAAUUAAAUGCUACAAAGAAAGAAGAGCCUCGAGAGAGCGAGGUAAUAACUUUAGAUAAAGAUGAUGACGUCAACGAGGAACCCCGAACUCCGAAACAGUUGGUUUUAAUGUCUAGCUUUGUACAAAUUACUCAAAAGGAUGCUAAGUUGAUAGGAUUAAUAGCAACGUUUUUACAUAUUCAUCCAUUUGGUGCAAGUGUAGAUUAUUUGUGGUCUUAUUUACAAAAAAUGGAACCAGGUAUCAAACCAAAUGAAGUAGAAGCAUUAAUGCAACGAUUUCCUCAAGUCUUUAAACAGGACUUAUUUGGUAUUGGAGCAAACAUGGAAAGACGUUGGCAAUUUUCAGGUUUUAAUGUUUAUCGCAGUCACUGA